AUGUUCCUGCUGGAGGCCCCCAGCAUGGACCGAGCAGCUCCUCAGAGGAGAACCGUGUACCGGAUCUCGCUGACCCUGGUCAAGAGGGAGAACCUGGAGGAGAAGCAGCGGGGCGGCGGCCUGCUGGAGCAGCUGCAGGAGGUGGAGGACGAGGCGGAGGGCUUGUCUUCUGGAGGCUGCAGGAGGAACUUCAGGACGUUCAGCACCGGGCAGCUGGAGCUGGGCCGCAUGAAGCUGUGCCGGAGGCUGCAGCCGGCCAAGGACCAGAACCCGGCAGGAGGCGCCGGCGGCAAGAAGAACAAGCUGCUGAAGGCGAGGAGCGUCGAGGAGAGCGGCUCCGAGCCUCCUCCAGGACCUGAUGGAGCCUCCUCGGGGGAGGCACCGGCGCUGAGCCCGGCGCUCAGGUCCGGUCUGCUGCGUCGCAGCUGCAGCUUCAGGAACUGGACCGGUUCCGAGCUGCGGCGGCUGAAGGCCAAAGACAAACUCCACAGCAGCUCCGGCUGCAUCCACCAGACCGACGCCGACCCGAGCAGGGAGAAGAGCCGGACCCUGGAGGUGGGCGCCAUCCUGAACCGGACCGACUCCAUGUCGGACCUGAGCCGCUGGGACCGAGCCAGAGCCAAGAACCGGACUCUGGACAACAGCGACCUGCAGCGGCUGCAGAAGGAGGCCGGCGGCGGCGGCGGCGGCGGCGGCGGCCUCCUGCUGCGAGCGGCGGCGGGUCGCUGCAGCGAGCGGCGCCUCGUUCGCUUCUUCAGCGGCUUCUUCUCCAGGAGAGACGCAGCGACGCCGACCGGCAGCCCCGACACCGGCAGGGGGCGCCGCCGGAGACCGGUUCUGGCCCAGUCCAGCACCGAGAGCGUGAACGGAAGCGACGAUGCGUUUGUGAACAGUCAGGAGUGGACGCUGAGCCGAACGGUACCGGAGCUCAAAGUGGGCAUUGUGGGUAACCUGGCCAGCGGUAAGUCGGCGCUGGUCCACCGGUACCUGACGGGAACCUACGUCCAGGAGGAGUCGCCUGAAGGUAGGAACCCGGUUCUGUUCCCAAAGUCCAGCUGGAUCAGUUUCUUCAGCGUUUUCCCGCCAAAAUCUUCCCGCUCUAAUAAAAUAGAUGACAAAAGAAGAGCAGAUAAAACCACCGACAACAAAAAAACAAGGAGAUACAGAUUAAAGCGCCGUCUGGCAGAAUGA